AUGCCCCAACUUGUAUGCUCGGUCCGCUCACCGAGUCCAGAUAUCCCUGAGGAGGCUUCGGCGAAGAGGCGUCAAGUCGCCACGAGCCAAUUCGAGGAGUACACGGGCCUCGACUACAAUUCGCCAGUCGCGCAGUACAUUCGGGCUUGCAAGUUCCACAUCUCCCCGCAUGACCUAAGCCUCAUGCGAGAGCUGUUUGGUCUUCCUCGCCAUGUCAUUGCAGCCGUGCCAAGUGCUCGAGGGAACUUUUUGUCCAUUAUGCUGCAGUACGACGGCUUUGUUCUUGCGUAUGAGUCUGGCGAGGAUGCGGUCUUGUCUGUGGACGCGACCGUCGAGGUCCUGGCUCAGUACCAGCGACUCAAGCUCGCCUUUGACUCGCCGUAUAUCAAAGGUUUGCCAAUCACCGCGACUACGCUCUCCAGGCACCCCAACGGGGACUUUUCUGAAGAGACGAUCCGGCCGACAUACGAAGACUACUACACGUUAAUGUUCAAAGAGCUGCAUCGCUGCCUGAGCGGCGACGCAGAAAUCAAGACUACCGUGCUGGACUGUGAGUAG